UAAGGAUUUCAUACAUUUAUAAGUACCCAAAAAAGUGAUUGGCCUGAAAUUAGUUCUCAUAUUGCAUUUAGGUCAGUAAAUAACUAAGAACACAGAUAAUUAUUUAAAAUCACGAAGUCACAUCUGGUAACGGAUCGAAUUGAUGCUCGUGGCUAAGCUGCCAUAACGAAUUAUAAAAGAUGAGCGUUCGUAUCACCUACUGCACGGACGUCGAGAAGUCGGUGCUCACGAAUAAUUUCGAGAGAAGAGGAUGGCUUCAAGUUGGACCAGAUGAAGACUGGAAUUUUUACUGGGCGGGAGCACAGACGUGCAGAACUCUGUUCAGUGUAGACAGUGGCUACCGCAUGAACGAUAAUCAGCUCAUCAGCCACUUCCCUAGCCACUACGAGCUCACUCGCAAGGAUCUCCUCGUUAAGAACAUCAAGCGCUACCGCAGGGAGCUCGAGAGGGACGGAUCCAUCCUGGCAGAGAGGGAUGGCACUGGCCGCUACGUGCACCUGGACUUCCUGCCGACGAGCUUCAUGCUGCCCGCGGACUACAACCUCUUCGUGGAGGAGUUCCGGCGGUGCCCCAACACCACCUGGAUAUUGAAACCUGCCGGACGUUCUCAAGGAAUUGGUAUAUUUCUAGUGAACAAACUUGCGCAAAUCAAGAAGUGGUCCCGAGACAACAAAGGCUCGUUCAACCCGUCAUUGGUCAAAGACACAUACGUCAUCGCCCGCUACAUCGACAAUCCCCUGCUCAUUGGAGGGAAGAAGUUCGACCUCCGACUGUAUGUGCUGGUGACGUCAUACCGGCCUCUGAAGGCCUACAUGCACAAGUUGGGCUUCUGUAGGUUCUGCACAGUUCGUUACGACGCCUCGGGCCAGGAUCUCGACAACAUGUUCGUGCACCUGACCAACGUCUCCAUUCAGAAGCAUGGCGAGGAAUACAACAGCAUCCACGGAGGCAAAUGGCCAGUGCGCACACUUCGGCUGUACCUGGAGAGCACGCGCGGCAAGACCAAGACAGACAAACUCUUCUGGGACAUGGAGUGGCUGCUGGUGCACUCACUUAUAGCGGUCGCACCCAUCAUGGCCUCAGACCGGCACUGCUUCGAGUGCUAUGGUUAUGACAUCAUCAUUGAUGAUCAGCUCAAGCCAUGGCUAAUCGAGGUGAACGCCUCGCCGUCCCUCACAUCGACCACAGCGAACGACAGGAUCCUCAAGCACAAGCUCAUAGACGACACCCUCAACGUGGUGCUCCCGCCAGAUGGCGUUCCCAACGUUCACUGGAACAAGGUGCCAACUCCAGACCGCUAUGGCGACUAUGAGCUUCUUGUUGACGAAGAGCUUCACCAGCUUCAACAGGAGCACCAGCAGCACCAUGGUACUGGUGCUGCUGCUCCACCUGCUGGUGCUGGACAAGCAGCUGGUGCGUCGGCGGCUGGGUCAACAGCUGGUGCAUUCAAGGCAAAAUACGGCGAUAAAUAUUCAAACCCACGAUGGAAAUAAGAACCCAUUUACUCUUUCAAUGAAUAUUAGCUCUAAUAUUUCUAGUAUAUAUCGAAACGCUUGGAAUCAACAA